CGUCGCCGGGCUCCACUCCACGUUUUUCCCCGCGCUCUCGUGAAGCGCCGUGUGUACGUUAUAGGGAGAACAAGAGGAAACAACAGGGCACAACAAGCAAGAGGGGCGUGCAGAAUAACAGGAAAACGCUGCUGACAGAAUGAGAGAAAACACGAAGGGAAACGAGGCAUCGGGACGUCUGUUCUUUACUGCUGCCGCUGCGUUCCCGGAGCAUCUCUCCACCUUCACCGGAGGACGCUGCAUCUCUAGUACCGCCGCUGUCUGCUCCUAAUCCGCGCAGCCUCCUCAGCUCAAUCUCACUGUGAUUAUUACAACGUGUGACGGGGAGGAAGACGAAGUGAGAGCAGGCUUUCAGGGAGCAGGAAGGUUGACAACGUUUAGAAGGUUUUCCCUGAGCAUCUGCGAGCAUUUUUUAUUUUUUUCCUCUGCGCGCAGCGCUCCUCAGUCGCAUCACUGCCGACUUCUGUUAGACGCAAAGGAGGGAAAAAAAAAAAAAAAGACAGACUUGAUAAUCUCCUCUCUGUUCAAUUAUUUAAGAGUAUCUGUCCCUCAAGCUCAACAUAUGCAGGGGUCUUUGUUUUACAUCUCCUGUGCAUGAUCUUGAAAUCAGGCGAGAAGUGGCGCUGACACGGAUGAAAGCCGAUGGCCAGGCGCCCCGAAUUUUCUCAGAAGGGGGAUGCAACCUAAAAUAACCCCGGUGCCAAAUGGUCCCGGUUGCUGAAUUAUCCCUGCAGCUUUCCGCACAUCGCGAGCCGAGGGAGCCCUGAAUCUGUGACACGUACGGCUUCUCCGGAGACUGCCACCCCCCUCCUCCUCCUCCUCCUCCCUUCUCACCCCGCCACCACCACCACCACCACCACCACCACUUGAGGCCCCGGACGUCGGUGACUUUUUAAUGGCUUUUGUGUUCAGAAGAUGGAGGGUCUUACUGGUGCUGAACGUGCUUGCUGUUGCCGGGUUCAUGACUUUUUGGGCCAAGUGCAACACACGCAGCGUCCAAGCCGCCGGUCCGGAGGCUCCGGGUGACGGGAAGAGGCCCCGGGGCAACGGGACGGCGCAGGGGCCCAGCAUCAGCCAUGAGGUGUUGCUGAAGAGGCUGAGCUCGCUGGAGGACGUGGUGUACAGGCAGUUAAACGGUCUGUCCAAAUCUCUGGGCCUGAUUGAGGGCUUCGGGGGUCGGGGGAAAGGCGGCCUCCCUGCCACGCUGUCUCCAGCUGAGGAGAGCGAUGCCAAAUUCCUGAGGGAGAAGUACGGCUACAACGCCUACCUGAGUGACAGAAUCUCUCUGGAUCGGACCAUACCGGACCACCGGCCCAGCAAAUGCAGAAAGGUCAGCUACCCGAGGGACCUCCCCCAGAUCUCCCUCAUCUUCAUCUUCGUCAACGAGGCUCUGUCCGUGAUCCUGCGCUCAGUCCACUCUGCUGUCAAUCACACGCCGGCACACUUGCUCAAAGACAUCAUCUUGGUGGAUGACAACAGCGAUGAUGAGCAGCUGAAAGGACCUCUGGAGGAGUAUGUCAACAAGCGCUACCCCGGCCUGGUGAAGAUCGUCAGGAACCAGAAGAGAGAGGGACUGAUCCGGGCCAGAAUCGAGGGCUGGAAGGUGGCCACUGCCGAGGUGACAGGAUUUUUUGACGCCCACGUGGAGUUCACACCAUCCUGGGCUGAGCCGGUUCUGGCCAGAAUAAAAGAGGACCACAAGAGGAUCAUUUUGCCCUCCAUCGACAACAUCAAGCACGACACGUUCGAGGUGGAGCGCUACGAGAACUCGGGCCAUGGCUACAACUGGGAGCUGUGGUGCAUGUACAUCAACCCGCCCAAACAGUGGUGGGACGAGGGCGACAUGUCCGCUCCCAUCAGGACUCCCGCCAUGAUUGGCUGCUCCUUCGUGGCCAACCGUGAUUACUUCGGGGAGCUCGGCCUGCUCGACUCUGGCAUGGACGUUUACGGAGGGGAGAACAUCGAACUGGGCAUCAGGGUGUGGCUGUGUGGAGGCAGUAUGGAGGUGCUGCCUUGUUCCAGGGUGGCUCACAUCGCCCGGAUUAAGAAACCCUACCACAGUAACAUAGCUUUCCACACACGGCGUAACGCUCUACGCGUGGCUGAGGUCUGGAUGGAUGAGUACAAAUCCAAUGUCUACCUGGCCUGGAACAUCCCCAUGGAGAAUCACGGUAUUGAUUAUGGAGACGUCUCUCAGAGGGUUGCCCUGAGGAAGAGUCUGCAGUGUAAGAGCUUUGAGUGGUACCUCGACAAUGUUUACCCAGAGAUGAGGAGGUACAACAACACACUGUUCUAUGGAGAGAUUCGUAACUCUAAGGUGAGCCACCUGUGUAUGGAUCAAGGCAUGAAGGAGAACCACACGGCCACCCUGCAUCCGUGUCAUGGAUGGGGUCCUCAGUUAGGACGUUACACCAAAGAGGGUCAGCUGUUCCUGGGCCCCCUGGGCAGCACCGGGGAGGACACUCGCUGCGUGGUGGACGAUCAGAUCAGCAGCUUUCCUCAGCUCCUUAACUGUGACAAAGUGACCAAUGUGAAGCAGAAGACAUGGCAUUUCUCUCAGAACGAAUCCAUCAUUAACCGUGCCACGGGGCGCUGUCUGGAGGUGGUGCCGGCUAACGUUUACUUCGGUCACCUGCUGGUCCUGCAGCCCUGCUCCGGGCAGAGGUGGACCAUCAAGAACACCAUGAAGCAGUAGUCGAAUGGCCAAUUUCACUGGGACCAAUGACACCAGUGGCCAUUUGCAAGAGCUGCUGCCUGAACCUACAGCUUGGUCGAGCCACAGCUGAUGAGGCAGAGGCUUCCCGUCUUCUCAAGAAAAGACGGAGAAGGUUUAAAAGAGAUACGAGCUGUGAGCAUCUCAGUGAUACAAGUUUUUUUUUUUUUU